AUGCAUACAGUUUUUCGUGUCCAACAAAUAAAAGAAAUACAAGAAGGUGAAAUGACCAUACGACAAGUUAAACUUACACUCACUAGUGACAGUGACGACCAACAGCUUAAUGCUCUUACCCAACGAAUGCGACAGGAGAUUACUAGUACAGGAUGGGAACGAAUGGGUGCAUUGUUAUGGAAACUGGGUGAAAGUGACAAAGCAGAAAAGGUGUGCACGAUGUUACUCGAACACGCAUCCAAUGAAAGCAGUAGAGCCGGUUACUAUAAUAAUCUUGGACUGCUCAAAGGCAAUCAAGGAAAAUACAAUGAGGCCGUUAAGUUUUAUGAAAACUCACUCAAUAUCCAAGAAAAAACACUCCCUCGGAAUCAUCCCGACUUCGCUACUUCUUAUAACAACAUCGGUUCGUUGUAUUAUAACGUGGGCGAGUACUCGAAAGCACUUUCAUCGCUUGAACGAUCAUUUGAAAUCCGAAAAAUAGCUCUCCCUCCGAAUCAUCCCGACUUCGCUACUUCCUACAACAACAUCGGUAUGGUGUAUGAUGACAUGGGCGAGUACUCGAAAGCACUUUCAUCGUACGAACGAUCACUUGAAAUCCGAAAAAUAGCUCUCCCUCCGAAUCAUCCCGACUUGGCUAGUUCCUACAACAACAUCGGUGUGGUGUAUUAUAACAUGGACGAGUACUCGAAAGCACUUUCACCGUACGAACGAUCACUUGAAAUCCGAAAAAUAGCUCUCCCUCCGAAUCAUCCCGACUUGGCUAAUUCCUGCAACAACAUCGGUAUGGUGUAUAAUAAGAUGGGCGAGUACUCGAAAGCACUUUCAUCGUACGAACGAUCAGUUGAAAUCCGAAAAAUAGCUCUUCCUCCAAAUCAUCCCGACUUGGCUAGUUCCUACAACAACAUCGGUAUGGUGUAUAAUAACAUGGGCGAGUACUCGAAAGCACUUUCAUCGUACGAACGAUCACUGGAAAUCAGAAAAAUAGCUCUCCCUCCAAAUCAUCCCGGCUUGGCUGGUUCCUACAACAACAUCGGUUUGGUGUAUUAUAACAUGGGCGAGUACUCGAAAGCACUCUCAUUCUUUGAACGAUCACUUGAAAUCCGAGAAAUAGCUCUCCCUCAGAAUCAUCCUGACUUGGCUACUUCCUACAACAACAUCGGUUCGGUGUAUAAUAAGAUGGGCGAGUACUCGAAGGCACUUUCAUCGCUUGAACGAUCACUUGAAAUUGAAAAAAUAGCUCUCCCUCCGAAUCAUCCCGACUUGGCUAGUUCCUACAACAACAUCGGUUCGGUGUAUUCUGACAUGGGCGAGUACUCGAAAGCACUUUCAUCGUAUGAACGAUCACUUGAAAUCCGAAAAAUAGCUCUCCCUCCGAAUCAUCCUGACUUGGCUACUUCCUACAACAGCAUCGGUGUGGUGUAUGCUAACAUGGGCGAGUACUCGAAAGCACUUCAAUAUUACGAAAAAGCUCAAGACAUCUGGAAAAAAUCUCUACCUUCAAAUCAUCCAGACAUUGCACUUGUGAAAAGAAACAUUGAAAAUGUAAAAAAGAAAAUGUGA